UAGGGGCCACUUGGCCUGCAACGCUUCGAAAUUUAGAAAUGGCGACUACGAUGGAAAUCGACGAUGAUGAGUGCGACUUGCCGACCUCUAGCAGUGGAAAGGGCGAGAAAAAGCGUUUUGAGGUGAAGAAGUGGAAUGCAGUGGCACUGUGGGCAUGGGAUAUUGUUGUGGACAAUUGUGCUAUUUGCCGUAACCACAUCAUGGAUCUGUGCAUUGAGUGUCAAGCAAAUCAGGCUUCUGCAACAAGCGAGGAGUGCACGGUAGCUUGGGGUGUAUGCAACCAUGCCUUUCAUUUCCACUGUAUCUCACGUUGGCUGAAGACACGGCAAGUGUGUCCACUUGACAAUCGCGAGUGGGAAUUCCAGAAAUAUGGUCACUAGAAUUGGAUACAUCUAGCUGCACAAGUUUAGCUAGUUAUGCAAUAUGUAAUUUUCAAGCAGACUGGGAUAUUCUUUUUUCAUGCACUAAACAUUGUUACAUUUAAGAAUUAUGGAUAUAUCUAAGAAAAAAGGAAAAUAAAAAAUACAGAAGUGGAUCAAUACUGUCA